CUCUCCUGGGGGCUGGGGGCAUAUCCUGGGGUAGUUCCAUGACCCUGAUGAUAUUUUGACUCUUCUCUGACGUGGACGUGAAAAAGACACUUCUAGAACCUGCUGGAUAAAUCUCAUUUGUGGCCUUUGGAAAUAGUUGAUGCGAGAGCCGAAAGUGUUUGAGGCACCGCCCCGCGCCGCCCGUGUACCUCAGCUGCCAGGCGGGGCACUAUGGUCCCCGGCACAAUCAAGAAUCAAGAAUCAAGAAUAUGACAAGUGGGAGCCGUUACAAAGGCAAUCCCACGCCUGCUACUGCUGGACUGGACUGGCACACACACACACACACACCUCCAGGCCCUAGACCGCACCGACCUAGACAGUCUGACACACCUAGGACAGACGCCCAGCAGACACUGGGCAGACUGACAGCCAGCCUGAGAUAAACCAAGGGCCGAAUUCACAAAGGCUUAAUUCGUAGUUUUGGGCCCCUUAGUGCUUGGUGCUCGCUCGGUAAUAACUACCAACUAAUCGAUGACAUCACAAUGUUCAAGUAAACCAACACAGGACGGUAUAGACACACCUUGCCAGCCCUGGCGGACACACUGCCCCUGCACACACCCAUCACACCCGCCCGAAGACUGGACGCACGCGCCUCAACGCCCACCUGCGCAGACAGAACAUGGUCCAGGCCCCACACUGCCCAUGGUGCCCCACACUGCCUGACACACCAGAACACUUUCUGCUCCACUGCCCAAGAUUCCACUCCCUCCGCACCAACCUUAAGGCAUCCCUAACCAGACUCCACAUCCACAGGCCACCUCUAGGGGACCAGCCUGGGCACCCUCAGCCCCAACACUGUCUUCCCAGUCCUCAAGUGUACACAGACCUUUCUGCACAAGUCUGGCCAGCUUGAUAUAUCUAAACAUCUGAAGAAGGGCAACACAGGCCUUGAGCUGAGGCUAAGAGUAUUGAAAGGCUACACAUGCACACACCAUGCUAACCAGCUGCUCCGCACGAGGCUGUAGGAACAGGAAUGAGCCGGGCUGUGGUGUUACAUUCCAUGUAUUUCCGAAAAACCCGAAGCUGCGACAACGGUGGAUUCUGGUCACUGGCCGAAAGAAUUUGACCCCAGGGCAGCAGGUGGCACUCUGCUCGGACCACUUUGAGGAGGCCUGCUUUGAUCGCACCGGCCAGAACACCAGACUCAGGGCCGGGGCCAUACCAACACUCGGCAAAUUUGCUCCGAAGAACAGAAACAAUAACCCUGCCUGUGAUGCUGAAAACCUGAUGUAUUUACAGAAGCAAGUUUUCAUGAAGUUGAAGCCCCAGAAUGAGUCUCAGAAACGCCCAGCAGCCAAGUUAGCCAGCACCACGCCAUUCUCCGGCAAGCCGGGCAUCACCACACGCUCUGGCCAGCAGCUGAAAGGCCGACCAAUACCACCAAUGGCUGUGAAAACCUCAAAGGAUAAAUCGCCAGGGAAUGCAGUCAAACCAGCCAACCCUUUACCACCACCACCACCACCAGCCUCUGAGCCAGCUAUGUGUGUCAAGGGGGUUAGAGAGGCAGCUGCUGACACUUCUCCAGCUGCCCCUUCUGAUGUGUUUAUUUGCCACACUCAGAGUGAGCUCGAUGCCCUGCUGAAGAAAAGUAAAGAGAAGAUUGAAUACCUCAAGAAGAAUUUGGAUUACCUGAGUGGCCCCAACAAGCCCAUGAAACAGGAGCCGCCUGACGGGCCACGGAGCUGCCCUGCGACGCUGCAGAAGGGGGCGGAGCAGAUCAAGAAGCUGGUCAAGUCGGCAGUCAGUAAUGGCAACGGCAACUCUGAGAACCUGACUGAAUGUCAUGAACAAGAUAAGGAAAGUCUCCAGAAGCCUCAGAAAACAAGCUUCCAGGCCCAGUACAUCCGCUAUGUCGUGAAGAUCGAGCCGGCCAGCAAGUUGGGGAAGAAGGGCACUGCAGCAGCCCAAAGUGGCCCAAAGGAAGGGACGGAGGUUGAGGAGGAGGGAACGGCUAAAGAGACUGAGACGGCUCUUGUGGAAGAACAGCUCCCUACCCUCCACGAUUCCAUUAUGUCACACACAGCAUCCAUGGCGGCGGGGCAAAAUGGCCUACUGGAUGAGAAGGACAAACUGAUACGGGAUCUCAGGAAGCAACUGGUACUCGCUAGACAGAAGGAGAAGCUGAAGAAGGAGAAACACAAAGAGAGGCUGAUGAUUGCCAAACAGAAGGAGAAAAUGAAGAUGGAACAGUUGCAGCAUCUUCAGGAGGUCAUAGAGAUGCUGAAGGAGAGGUGCCCAGAGUACUCCAGCCAGAAAGACCCAGCGAUACAGAGACACUGCUCCCUGUGCCAUGCUCCCCUGCUCAAACGCUGCCAUAGAGUAGCUGAACGCUGGGCUGCCCUUGAUGUGACGGAGGGCCAAGUUUCUCUGCCCCUUUCACUCCUCAGACCUGCAGAGCGCCAUCCUGCUCCACCCCAGCAGCUCAAAUCUCGUGCCGGACGAUCACAAAAAUUGCACCUCUGUCCAUGGCUGAGUAACAGAAGUCUGCUCUGCCCUGAUUGUCGAUUACUAGGAAACAGAAGCAAGUUUAAAGGAAGGAGUUCAGCGGUUCACUGUUUGAGGCCGCACUGCUGACGAAGAUGUCAGGGUCUUGAGCCUGGUGUAGUGUUGGCCUGCUGGAUGGGUGCCUCCUUCUCUCCCCUCCUUUGCCACAGCCACCACCAUAGGAAGGAGGGCAAGGAGGAAAUGAAGAAGACAGAAGAAGAGGGAAAAUUAAGAAGAAAUGCAAGGGGAAAUUGGGGCACUAAUAUCUUUGCUUAAAAUAAAGAAAAAUAUACAUACUACUAGUCUUUUAUAUUUGAUCUGAGAAGUAUUGUGUCAUCAUCUUGAACUCUGACAUGAAAGAAUUGCAUUACUACAAUAACAAGGCCUUGACUGGAUUUAUGAGGUACUGAAGUACUUAGCAGUUUCCUUUUUUCCCUCUUAUAUGUGUGUGUGUGAGAGACAUACACAAACAUCCACCUGUAUAUGUGGGUUCACUACCUCAAAAUGUACAAAGGCAGCCACCAAGGAAUUUUCAGUGCACUCCAAACAUCCACAGUCCACCUGUGGACAAUUCGGCCGUUCCUAAGAGAAGGACGAUGUAUACAUGCAUAAAGCAGCAUAAAGUAUCAUAAGCAGCAUUAUUAUCACCUAUACCUACUACUAUAAGGUUGUGGACCAAACAGUGAGAUUUCAAGAACUAUGUAUUUGCAUUAAGUUUAUGUAUGUACAGUACACUUUAAUCUGUGUAAAUCUCUCUCUGUAGUGUUUGUACAGCUGAUGAAUAAUGCUGCUAAUGACAUUAUGCUGCUUUAUGCAUGUACACACUGUCCUUUUCCUUACGAACGUCUGAAUCGUCAGUGGAGGGAGCAUGAAUAUUUGGAGAGGCAUCGUGAAAAUUCCUUCAGGACCGCCUCUGUGCAUCUGGGGGGAAAAACACGAAUGUGUGAAUCUGUGAAUAAUGAACCUGCAAUUAUGGGAAGACUUGUAUUAAAAUAAUAAUAAUAGUAAUUGGUAUAUUUACUGCUUGACAAACUUUCAGCUAAGAAUACAAUACAAUGAGUUAUCAUGUGACUGUGGGAGGUGAGGGAGGGGGUGAGGUGGAGGGAAGUGUGUAGAAUCAAGUAGGAGGUGUGUGUGUGUGUGUGUGUGUGUGUGUGUGUGUGUGUGUGUGUGUGUGUGUGUGUGUGUAUAAAA